UUUCCAUUGGGGACGCACCCUACCAAAGAAAGAAAAAUGGAGCCGAAGCAGCAGAGGGAGACUGAGCAGCAGGAGCAGCAAGAGAGACCUGGAGUUAUUGGUUCCGUGUUGAAGGCUGUUCAGGGCACCUACGAGCAUGCCAAGGAGGCUGUUGUAGGAAAAUCCCAUGAGGCUGCGGAAACGGCGGGACAAAAAUCUGAAGAAGCAGCGGAGAAAGGUAGAGAAUACAAAAACCGCGCAGGAGAGAAGUCGAGACAAGGGGCGGAGAAGGCGAAGGAGACGACUCAGUCAGCGGCUGAGAAAACAAGAGAAACGGCGGGCUCGGCAGCUGACAAAACAAAAGAGUCGGCACGGUCGGCGGCCGAUAAAGCCAAAGAGAAGACGGGAUCGGCGGCUGAUAAAGCAAAGGACUACGGAGGUCAUGCGGCGCAGAAGGCGAAGGAUGCGAAGGAUGCGGCAGUGGAGAAGGUGGGGGAGUAUAAAGACAUAGCGGCGGAGAAGGCAAAAGAAGGUAAAGAUUAUACUGGAGAGAAGGCUAAGGAGGCAAAAGAUACGAGUGCUGGAAAGCUGAUUGAGCUGAAGGAAUCUGCUACUGAUGCUGCUAAAAGAGCGAUGGGGUAUUUUACUGCUAAGAAAGAUGAAACUAAGGGGAAGACUGAUGAGGCUGCGGAAGCCACCAAGGAGAAAGUAAAAGAUUCAGAGGAGGAAGCUCGAAGGAAAGUGGAGGAACUGAAGCUUGAAGGCAAGGAGGCCAAAGAUAAAGCUGGCCAGAAAUCCCAGGAGUAUAGUAGGUGUUGGUCUGCGGUGUGGAGUCGAGGGUCUGGGGUUCCCUACUGCUGGAGGAAAAGUGCAGAGGAUGGAGACCCCACCGAACCUUCUAGCCUUGCUGCCUUCAUCCAUCAAGCUCUCAAGGGAAUACCGGCCCAACUCUAG